GCAGGUGGCGCCGCGGCCCCGCCGCCCCUCCCGGCACCGCGAGGAGGCGAAUUUGGAAGGACGCCCGGUCGAUGGCAAAGGCUCGUCCUCGGAAACCCGAGCUGGAAAGGAAAGCCCGAAAAGGAGGCAAAGACGAGCAUCCGAAAUCUCACCCAAAAAUAACUACUGCUGCGUAUUACAGCGAAUUAUAACUGGGGAAAUAGCAUUCCAAACUUCUGUCCCUGCGCAGGGGCCUGAUUCCCUGGUUGGGAGCUGAUGGAGUGGCUGCUGACCCUGCCGAGCUGAAGUCUGCAUGGGGGCCCUGCAGUGACAGCCACGAGUCUGCACCCAGACAUCCCGCCCAAGUCGCACCUGCGCAGAGCUUAGGAGAUCCACAGAGCCAGCGCUGGGGAGAAAUGUGUCUCCACAAGCAGAGACCGCCUUAAGCUCUAAAAUGUGAUUCCUCACAUGACUCAACUGUGACUCUGGCAUCUGGGUGGGGCUCGCAGCUCCCCCAUUUUCAUGCCCAGGGCUGCACCAUUCACAGACCAGCCCAGGGCCACAGGCAGGACCAGCCUAGCAGCCCAGCCACAGAGGAGCCAGUGAACCUCUACCGGCGCCCGUGCUGAGGGGCUUUCUGUGCAAGUGCCAAGGAUGGAGGAGGGGGAGAGGAGCCCCUUACUGCCCCAGGACACCGCAGGCCAGAAGGUGCCCCUCUCUGUGCGAAGUCCACCCACCUCUGGCUGCCCAGGUCCAGUGCCCUGGGAGAACCAGGCAGAGGGCUGGGACUGCAGCUGCUGUCCCUUGGGGACCAAGCGCCAGGCCUUGAGGGCCACCUCUGGGAAAGGCACAGCCCCUUCCCUCUCUGCAGGGAGCAGCUGCGUCAAGUAUCUGAUUUUCCUGUCCAAUUUCCUCUUCACCCUGCUGGGCCUGCUGGCCCUGGCCAUCGGGCUCUGGGGCCUGGCCGUCAAGGGGUCUCUGGGAAGUGAUCUGGGGAGGCCCCUGCCCGCAGACCCCAUGCUGGGGCUGGCACUGGGGGGGCUGGCAGUCAGUGCAGUGAGCCUGGCUGGCUGCCUGGGCGCCCUCUGUGAGAACACUUGCCUGUUACGUGGCUUCUCCGGGGGCAUCCUUGCCUUCCUGGUGCUCGAAGCCGUCGUGGGGGCACUGGUGGUGGCCCUCUGGGGCCCUCUGCAAGACAGCCUGGAGCACACCCUGCAAGUAGCCAUCACCCACUACCAGGACGACCCAGACCUGCGCUUCCUCAUCGACCAAGUUCAGCUCGGGCUGAGGUGCUGCGGGGCGGCCUCCUACCAGGACUGGCAGCAGAACCUGUACUUCAACUGCAGCUCCCCCGGGGUGCAGGCCUGCAGCCUUCCGGCCUCCUGCUGCAUCGACCCCCACGAAGACGGAGCCUCUGUCAACGACCAGUGCGGCUUCGGGGUCCUGGGCCUGGAUGCGGAGGCAGCCCAGAGAGUGGUGUACCUGGAGGGCUGCGGCCCGCCGCUCCAGCAGUGGCUGCGAGCGAACCUGGCGGCGGCCGGGGGCUACGCCAUCGCGGUGGUGCUGCUGCAGGGUGCGGAGCUCCUGCUGGCCGCCCGGCUGCUCAGGGCCCUCGCUGCCCGCAGGGGCGCGGCGUCAGGUCCCGGAGCGCUGGGGGAGGAUGGCACUGGCCACCCUGGCCCCGGCCUCCGCGCUGCGCCCGCUGCCAAACCGCCCCGGCUGAGCGCACGCCUGCACAGGGGUCUGGGGCGCCCCCACCCCGCUGAAACGCGCUGCACGCACCGCCGCCUGGUUUCGCCUGGGCUUCUGGAGCCUUUGCGGGGGGACCUACCCAGCUUGCCCAUGCCUCACGCCCCUUGUCCCUCAUGCCAGUCCCCAAUGGAGGGCGAAGCCACCGGGCUGGCGGAGGAGCGCUCAGGGCGGGAGGAAAUCCUGGAGCCGACCCAAGCCCCAGUUCCCACCCCAGCCACACAGCUCCCACCUUCUGAUGUUGGACCCGAGCCAGUCAAGGAAUACGCCACACUCUGAGAUUGAAUUAUGAGUCUUUUAUUAUGCUGGCAACUGAGAGGUGGCCAAUGCCCAAAAUUCUCUCGGCCCCUACGAAAAAGUUAGGCGGUCUUUUAUACUCUAGUUUUAAAGGGAGGGGGAACUUAGCUGAAGCCAAUUUUUCACAAAAGCAGAGUAAGCAGAAAGUUAAAAGAUAAACUAGUACAUGAGAAAUAAACAGUGCCAGGUGCGAGGGGUGAAGCUGUCAUGAAAGACACACAACUUACAGACAACGGGGGUUCUGGGCUCGACGGCACCUGCAUGCCCAGGCUCCGCUGGUACCACUUACCUCAGCCUCUUAUCAACAAACGCCUUCCUGGGUGCCCAGUGUCAGCCUGCCCCAGCUACAUACUACAGCUACAUACUUAAUGGGGGAAAAAUAACUAAAAUGAAGCCGCUGAGAUGGAGUCUGUCCGGCUCAAGAAGCUAACAUAAAGCCUGAGCAGCUUUUAGUCUGAGAAAGAGAGAGUUGGUUUUAGCUGGCAGGAAGCAGGUUAUCACAU